CCCACGAAGGCCAAGAGCGCGGCGUCUUCGCAGGCCGCGGCCCGCAAGAAGGAGGCGCGCAAGGCGCCACACGCCACCCCGGGCGGCACGAGCGUGAGCAUGAGCAAGAAGGCGGACGGCGGCGGCGUGGACGCGCUCGGGGGCGCCGCGGGCCUCUCCAGCGGCGACCUGUUCGCGCGCAACCUGUCGGUGAUGAGCGUGGCCCACGUGGCCAGAGGCGUGGGCUUCGACGCCGUGCAGAAGUCGGCGGCGGACGCCCUGACGGAGAUCCUGGCCAAGUAUAUUCAACGCAUCGGCGGGGCGGCCAAGGACAUCGCCGAGCUGGCAGGACGCACUCAACCCAAGGCCACGGACGUGGUUCAAGCCCUGCAGGACCUGGAGCCGGCCCCCGUGGAGAUUAAGGACCUGGUGAAGACUCUGGAGACGGCCAAGAGACCCUUCCCGAGAGAUGUCCCGGCCUUCCCGGCCAGGAAGAGAGACAUCUCGGGGAACACCAUUGAGCAGGCCAAGAUCGGACGACGAGAGGGGCUCCCACCUCACGUGCCGAGCUUCCUGCCCCCGCUGCCCAACCGCCACACGUACAGCUCCGAGAGUCGCCUGGUGGUAGACAGAGGGCAGGACACCAAACGCACGAGGCUCGAGCUGCUCAGUGAGAAGGCUCAAGUGCGGCAGUCGCUGCACGGCCUGCAGACUGCGGCUGCCAAAAAACCGGCCGUCAUUGUGCACCAGCCGACGUGGAACGCCUUCCAAGGGUCUACUGGAGACAACGCCACGGAGAACCCGUUCGUGCAGGCGCCGAUUGUCAGCCCGGUCGCCACGGGCAUCUUUGCUGGACCUGAUCGCGACUUUGUGCCAAACGUUGACAGAGAGAAGGCGCAGUCGAAGAACCAGCUCGACAACAAUGUGACCAUCCCGAAGCUGUCCAACCAAGAGCAGGGCAAGGAAGAGAAGAUACUGUCCGGUACAUUCCACGAUGGUGAUUCCGAA